AUGCACAUCAAACAGGUUAUUAUUCAAGGUUUUAGAAGCUAUCGUGAUCAGACGGUCGUGGAGCCGUUCAGUCCCAGGCACAAUGUUAUUGUGGGAAGGAAUGGAUCAGGAAAAAGCAAUUUUUUCUACGCUAUCCAGUUUGUUCUUUCUGACGAGUUUAGUCAUUUGAGGGAAGAUCAGAGACAGGCCCUUCUGCAUGAAGGCACUGGACCCCGAGUCAUUUCAGCGUUCGUCGAGAUCAUCUUUGACAAUUCUGAUAAUAGGAUUCCUAUAGAAAAGGAAGAGGUUACAUUGAGGAGGGUAAUAGGUUCCAAAAAGGACCAAUAUUUUCUAGAUAAGAAGAUGGUGACGAAAACAGAUGUAAUGAAUUUACUGGAGACAGCUGGGUUUUCUCGAAGCAAUCCUUACUACAUUGUUAAGCAAGGAAAAAUUUUACCAUAUAUUUGCUUCUUUUUAAUUAAUAUUAUAGAUAACUCAGAUGGCUACAGCCACAGAUCAGCAGAGGUUGAAACUUUUAAGAGAAGAACCAGGGUUUAUGAUGAAAGAAAAGAAGAAAGCAAAAUUAUAUUGAGAGAGACAGAGGGCAAGUGCGAAAAGAUUGAAGAACUUUUGAAGUACAUAAAUGAACGUCUAGCUAAGCUGGAAGGCGAAAAAGAAGAGUUAAAAGCUUAUCAGAAAUUAGAUAAACAGAGACGAGGUCUCGAGUACACCAUUCACGAUCGCGAACUACAGGACACUAAGAGGAAACUUGAUGAGUUGCAAGAGAAGAGGGAGAAAAGUGGAUCCGAAUCAACAAAAUUGAGGAAUGCCCAACAAGAAGCCAGUGACAAAAUUAGAACUGUCACCAAAGAUAUCAGAGAGAAAAAGACGAAAUUGCAAGAAUUAAUCGAUGAAAAAGAGUCUUUGGUCGGUGAGUUGCAGGACUUGACGAAGCAGAAGGCCAAAUUGGAGUUGAAUGUUAAGGAUAUGCAAGAUGAACUGGAGGGAGAUUUCAGUAGCAAGAAAAAAAUGGAAAUAGAAAUUCAGAAGUUGAAGGAAAAGAUUGAAAGAACGAAGGAACAGCUGGAUGACAUCUGCCCGCAGUUCGAAAAGGAGCGACACAAAGAGGAAUCAGCAGCUGCCCAACUAGCUCUGAACGAGCAACGUCGGAAGGAACUGUAUGCAAAACAAGGCAGAGGAAGUCAGUUCCAGAGUCGAGAAGAGAGGGAUAAGUGGAUUCUCAAGGAGUUGAAGAUGAUAAAUAAGGCCAUAGCUGAUAAGGAGGAACAGAUCAUUAGGCUAAAAGAGGAUCUAGAAAAUGACCAAAAGAAAGCCAAACAGCUGGACAUUGACAUUGCUAGUGUGGCUGAGAAGAUUGAGGUGCACAAGGGAGUUAUUGAUACGAACAAUAAGUCAUUCUACGAGAUGAAGAAGCAGAAAGAUGCUAAGCAGAACGAAAGAAACAACCUGUGGCGAAUUGAGAGCACGAUGCAGCAGCAGAUAAGUUCACUGAAGGAGGACCUCAAUAAGAAAGAGCAGGCCCUUAGAUCUAUAACUGGAAAGGCCCUGCUGAACGGCAUAGACAGCAUCCAGAGGGUCCUGCAGUUCUUCCAGGACAACAAGAAGUACCAGGAGGUUGUCGAUGGAUACUUCGGGACGCUCAUCGAGAACUUCGAGUGCGACAAGACCUUCUUCACGGCCGUCGAAGUCACGGCCGGAAAUAGAUUGUUCCACCACAUUGUGGAUAAUGAUAGGACCGGUACGAAGAUUCUUCAAGAAAUGAACCGGCUGAGAUUGCCUGGUGAGAUAACGUUCAUGCCGUUGAAUAGGUUGGAAGUCCAGGAGACUUACUAUCCCGAAACCAGCGAUGCCAUACCCAUGAUUGAAAAGUUGACAUACGAACCGAAAUACGAUAGAGCCAUCAAACAUGUCUUCAGCAAAACUCUUAUAUGCAGGAGCAUGGAGGUUGCAACUCAGAUUGCUAGGACGCAGAACUUGGACUGCAUCACUCUUGAUGGUGAUCAGGUGAGUCGCAGAGGAGCGCUGACUGGUGGCUAUUACGACACUAGAAAAUCAAGACUCGAGUUGCAAAGAGGAAAGUUGGAGAGUCUAAGGAGUUUGCAGGUGCAGGAGAGAGAGUAUGACGCUCACAAGCUGAAACUACAAGAUAUCCUUCCCCUACUUUCUGACAUCAACCAAUUGGUGAGCGAGAUGCAGAGGACCGAGACUAAGAAUAGCAAGAACAAGGAUAUAUAUGAUAAGAUGAGAGCUGAUCUGAGAAUGAACAAGGAAGAGGCCCAAAGAAUCGAAACUUCCAGGGCUCCAAAAGAAAGGAGUUUAGCGAGCUUACAGGCCUGCCUGGAAUCCAUGAAAACUUCAGCCACGUCCUUCAACAAUGAAUUAGGCACCGACAUGCUAUCCCAGUUGACAGUUGACGACCAGAAGGAGGUGGAUAGGUUGAAUGACCUCAUCCAACAACUGACAAAUGAGAAUAAAGAAGCCCUCAAUAUGAGAGUCAAAUUGGAGACGGAGAAAAAUAGAUUGGAGUUGAUGUUGGAGAAUAAUUUGUUGAAGAAGUUGGAAAGACUGCAGACUGAUCUGCAGGAGAUGACGAAUGUCGAUAGGAAACAGAAGCUGGAAUUGCAAAAAGUGGAUCUAGACACGAUUAACAGAAGACACUCAGAAGCUUUACAGAAUGUCAAAGAACUGGACGGCCAGGUAGAUAGAUGCGCCCAGGAGCACAGGGAGAUGCUGAAGAGUCUGGAGAUGUGGAAGAAUAUCGAGAGGGAGCACCAAGAGAAGAUAAACGAAGACACGAAGGAACUAGAGAAGAUGACGAACAAGCAGAGUUUGCUCUUGAAAAAGAAAGAAGAAUGCCUGAAGAAGAUAAGAGAAUUGGGAUCAUUGCCUGGCGACGCAUUUGAUAAGUAUCAGGACUUGCAGAGCAAACAGCUCUUUAAAAAGCUGGAGACCUGCACCGAGGAACUUAAGAAGUACAGCCACGUAAAUAAAAAAGCCCUCGAUCAAUUCAUAAGCUUCUCGGAGCAGAAGGAGAAGUUGAUCACUCGUCGCGAAGAGCUAACUCGAGACCACCAGUCCAUUCUUGACCUCAUAUAUCACCUCGACCAGAGGAAGUUCGAGGCACUUCAGCUAACUUUUAAACAGGUAUCGAAAUAUUUCACCGAAAUUUUCAAAUCUUUGGUCCCGUCUGGUCAUGCUGUUCUAAUUAUGAAACGAGACGACCUUGGUGGUAAUAAUGAGGAUGAUGAUGAAAAUGAUGGUACUCAAGAAAAAAAUCCGUUCUCUGAUCAGUUCAGUGGUAUCCUUAUUAAGGUUUCAUUUACUGGUCAAAACGCCGAGAUGAGAGAUAUGAAACAGCUGAGCGGAGGUCAGAAAUCAUUGGUUGCUCUAACUUUGAUAUUUGCCAUUCAAAAGUGUGACCCGGCCCCUUUCUAUCUCUUUGAUGAAAUUGAUCAGGCUCUCGACUCAGAUCACAGGAAGGCUGUUGCUGAAAUGAUUCACAUAUUGAGCAAAGAUGCACAAUUCAUCACGACGACCUUCAGGCCAGAACUACUGGAGCAUGCAGACAAGUUCUACGGGGUCAAGUUCAGAAACAAGGUGAGCCAUGUUGAGUGUGUCAGUCAAGAAGAGGCGCAAGAUUUUGUUGAAGAUGAUGCUGCCCACGGUUGA